GCUUCAGCCCGUCCGCGAAGUUUGUUUCGUUUGUGCAAACGGGAGGGCAGCGUGUGCAUGGUUUUCUCGUUUUGCAGUUGCUUCUCUUGCCUCGAAUACAGCAAGGCACCCGGGUCACUGUGCCGGGCCCGGGCUGGGCAGAAGUGCGGGUUCGGGUGCUGCGGCUUUGGGCUGGCCCUCGAGCAGUCCCAGCGUGGAGGAGCAAAGAGUCUCCUUCCACAGCCCCCUGGUGAAGGCCCAAGAUGCAGGCAGGCUCCCUUCUUCACAGCGGCUACUUCCACCCGGUGCUACGCUCCUGGCAGUGUACAGCAACCACCUUCGAUGCCUCCAACCUCAUCUACCCCAUUUUUGUGACUGACAGCCCUGAUGCGGUGGAGCCGAUCCCCAGCCUCCCUGGACAAGCCAGGUAUGGAGUCAGCAAGCUGGAGGGGAUGCUGCGUCCCCUCGUCGAGGACGGUCUGAAGUGUGUGCUCAUCUUUGGGGUGCCCAGCAAGGUCCACAAGGAUGAGAGAGGCUCCGCCGCUGAUGCCGAGGACACACCUGCCAUCCAGGCUAUCAAGAAGAUCCGCUCCACCUUCCCAGAGCUGCUCAUUGCCUGCGAUGUCUGCUUGUGCCCCUACACCUCCCACGGGCAUUGUGGCAUCCUGCGUGAAGAUGGCACCAUCCAGAACGAGACCAGCUGCCUGCGGCUGGCAGAAGUGGCGCUGGCCUAUGCCAGAGCAGGCUGCCACAUCGUUGCCCCCUCAGAUAUGAUGGAUGGGCGCAUCGCGGCCGUGAAGAAGGCGCUGAUCUCCAAUGACUUGGGCAACAAGGGAUGCUGCGCUAUCCAAACCUGCCUUCGGAGACAGGAAAUGCUACCAGCUGCCCCUGGGUGCCAGGGGCCUGGCGAUGCGUGCCGUGGACCGGGACGUGCAGGAGGGAGCGGACAUGCUGAUGGUAAAGCCGGGGAUGCCCUACCUGGACAUCGUCAGGGAUGUCAAGGCUCGACACCCCAUGUACCCGCUGGCCGUGUACCACGUCUCGGGGGAGUUCGCCAUGCUGUGGCACGGGGCCCAGGCCGGGGCCUUCAGCCUGGAGGCUGCCGUCAGGGAAACGGUAACGGCCUUCAGGCGCGCAGGGGCCGACGCCAUCAUCACGUAUUUCGCGCCGCAGCUCCUGCGCUGGCUGAGGGAGGAGACGGCGGCGGCGGCGGGACGGAACUGAGCGCGGGGGCGGGACUUCCGGGGGCUGGGGCGGGGCUUCCGGGGCGGGCGGUGCCGCGGCGCAGGUGGGUGCGGGCUGGUUGUCGCCCGUGGGCCCCGGGAGCGCGCGCGUCCCCCGCCGCCCCGCCCCCCCCCCCCCCCCCCCCCCCCGUUCCGGGAGCCCCGGGACACCCCGCACCUCCAGCCCCUGCGUGCCCCGGGUGCGCCCCGGACACCCCCCGGACACCCCGGGUACCGCCCCGCGUGCCCCCCCCCCCCCCGCACACCCCGGGUGCGCCCGGACCCCCAGCCCCGGACACUGCGGGUACAGCCCCGGGUGCACACACCCCCUGGUCUGCACCAGCAGCCCCGGCCUGGGAGACUUUGCACCCUGGGGCUCGGAGCAGGGCCGUCCCUCCCCCGCCCUAUCUCGAUGCACACCCCAGAGGGGGCCUGAACCCCCCCACGGGGGCCACUGACACCAGUGGGUGUGACGCGGGCCAGGGGCCGGUGCCCUCACCCCUCUGA